CAGUCCAUUGGGUGUAGAGCUACCUCACACUGCGACUCAAAUUUCAUCAGCUCUGAAUAUUAGAAGAUUCCUCCCCCGGCUUCCAAAUUAAACAGCAAUACAGGAAGUCAGUUCAAGCCGAGACAGUCGCACAAAGGAAUGACCAAGAACCAGCCGCCUUUUACAAAACUCGAACGGAAUUGACUGUGGGCAACCAACCUGCAUAACUCCCAUAAAGUUCCUCCUUCUCCUCCUGUAAUCAGACAGCUGUUCAUUGCUCCUGUACCGUACUGUGUGUCAGCAGCAGCUGGUUACUAAGGAAACGUCAUUCCAUACAUGUAUUCCACCAUGCUGCGGAUCCUGAUCUUAUGUGUCCUGCUCAGGGCUGCAGCCUCUUUGGAAACUGAGGGUUAUUCGGGAGACUUUUCAGAUGAUGAAGACCUUCAAGAAGUUUAUGUUAAAGAUGUGUUGAAAACCCAAAGGGAGCCUUCCACAGAUGCUCAGUCGAGCCCCAGUUCUUGGAUCAUCCCUGUUGCAGUCGCUGCAGGGCUGGCGGGCCUCACUGCCCUUGUUAUAGGCAUUUUGAUUGGGAAGCGAUGCCGCUCACGACCGCAAGGGGUCUAUACAGUUCCUGUGGAGCAAUCCAAAAAAGAGGCAGUCUGAUUGCAGCAGUGGACAGGAGGCCCAGUCUACUGGUGUGGGUGCAAACGCUGCGUGCGUUUCAGGACAAAGUGCCAGUCUUGGAAGCUGUCUUCAAAUUCCCUGCUUUUAACACAAGCAUGCCCUCACUGGCAAUAUACCAGUCCAGGGGCAAUGCUAUUGCAAUUACUCCAUUUCAAGAAAAACUGUUUAAAAAUAAGUAUGUUGUAAGAUUUGAUGCUGUUUAUAUACGGUGCGCCUCAUGAUUAAGUAAUUCUGUUGAUUUCACAGCUACAUCAUGUUGAGGGUGAAUGGCACAAAGUGCUGUGUGUGCACCCUUGAUUGAGUCUCUGUGUUGCGUGUGUUGUGUCAGAUUCGAACUGCAGCACUGUAUUCAUUUGCUUUUGGUAAAACGCGGUGUGGGGCUCACGUCUUGAACGUAAUGCAUUGCUGGAGAUGGGCUUUUAUUUCUUGGCUUCAGCCGUAUGGAGGUGGGGGGGCGCUCUAUUCAAAGAGCCGGUGGAGGGGAUGUGCAAUCAGCUUUGCUGUGUCCUUGAGGUGUCCAGUUAGAUAUUUAUAAUAGAAAGCACUAAGCCCUUGUGUUGCUGUGGUACAGCCACGCGACAUGUAUGUAUGUAUAUGGAAAAUAUGCCUCAUUAAAAAUUGAUCUUUACUGUUUAAUUAUUCUUAUGCAGUUCUAUUUUGUUAAAAAAAAGCUGAUUUUUACGCACCCGGUGGAGAUCCGCUUGUACCGUACAGCACCCAAUCCAAUGCGCUGUGUGUAUUUAGUGAUGUGAUGCAAGUAACUUGCCUCAUUUCCCCUUUGACAAUUAGCACUCUUAUAAUCGCCUUUUAUUUGAAUGGGAGUUUUGCAUUAUGCCACCUGGUGGCUACUUUAGUGUACUUCACUAAGAUUACUUUAUGAUUGUCGCAGAUUACUGUGCCUUUUGAAAUGACUAAGGUCUGUUUGUUAAUAAUGACUAAUUACUGUACUACACUCGUUUAGCUAAUAGAUUUGCAAUGUACGUGGGGUGGUUUUAUGUUAUAUACUGGAAAUGCUGUUGCUGCACUUACUUGCUCAGUUCUGUAACUUACCAAGAAAUUGGUUUUGUAUCAGCAAGAAAUCUUUUUUAAAUUGGUAAAUAAAAUAAUAAAGCCA